AUGGAGUCAGAAGCCUUAGAAACAUGUCCUUAUGACCCAAAUCACAGGAUGCCAGCCAGCAGGUUACAGUACCACCUGGCAUCAUGCAAAAAGAAAAAUCCAAAGAUAGCUAAAAAGAUGGCUAACUGCAAAUAUAAUGCUUGUCAUGUUGUCCCAAUUAAAAGGCUCAAGGAACAUGAGGCUACUUGUGUCAACAGAACUGCUACAGAAGAUGAGCCAUUUAAGCUUCUAAAUGUUACUGCUCCAAGCUUGGAAUCAAAUGAAAAACUUUCUAAUGCUGCUAAUCAGAUUCCUGAUCCUGAUGUCUGGAACAUAGAUAAUACACAUCAUUCUCCUUCAUUUGUUCUUAAGACUUUUGCUCCAAAAAUGCUGAUUUGUGAAAGUGACUCAAGAGACCUAAAGAAAGAGACUACAGAUGAUAAACAUCCUAACAAUGAUAAGUCCUGGAGAAAAGAUCAGAAAAACUGA